AUGCCCAAGGGGUUUCGUGGCAUUGCAGGGGAACGAGACGAGACUGUCGACAGAGAUGCAACCGGCAGUGGUGACCGAAACCAAUCACGUAUCAGUCAUGUGGAUGCACCACGAAGACCAAGCUCAGAUGAGGAGUCGGAGGAACUCUUCCCCGGGUUUGUGGAGGAGGAAGGAAACUUGAGGCGAUCGACGGGCUCGGGGUCAAAGGACAAAGAAAUGGCAGCAGAGGGUCGGGAAGCAGCCGACUCCGCGGGGUAUACGACGUCGUUUGGUAAUAGCUUCCGUGAUCCCGAUCGCGCCAGUGGCAUGUCCGCGCCAUAUAGCACUCAUCGCGUGGCGGAAUCCCUGUCCUGCAACAAGCCAUCACGGAGGGCGCAAAUCUUCGACAAAGGGGUGGACGCUUCGAUAAUGCAGGACUUGAUGAAUGACGAUGCUGAAAGCGACGUUAACGUCGAUGGAACACCUCGAGGAGGUCUUGGGAAGACCAUGUCGCUGCAGAACAACACGUCCAUGGGCGAGCAGUCUGCCGACAUCGUUGUUGGGGCUCUACGAAAGUUCUUCUUUCUGGAGCACAAUCCCGAGGAGGAGGUAUCGGACGCGGGAGGGGGGACAAGCGGAGGGGGCAUGGCGAUGCUGAUGAGAGCCAUGGAGCGCGAAGAACACGAGGAGGGCACGUCGGUGAUGGAGCAGGGAGAGGAAGGCCAUCACAUGUCUGUGGUGGAGGAAGGAAGUCUAGAGGUCAUCAUCGACGAUGAGGCAAUCCGUGUGAUUGGAGUGGGCGAUAGAUUUGGAGAGCUAGCGCUUCUCUACAACGCACCCCGCAGCGCUACCGUGCGAACGUUGACCCGUUGCGUGCUCUGGAGCAUCCACCGCGAGGUGUUUAAGGCGGUGCAGGCCUUAACGGCCUCAAUGUCCCUCAUCGCCAGGAGCACCCACCUGUAUCACGUUCCGUGGUUGAGGCUGCUAUCAACGGCGGAUUUGUCAAAGCUGGCGGCGUGCUGUCAAACAGCACAAUAUAGGGACGGGGAUGUGAUUCUUCGAAAGGGAGAGGAAACCGACCGCUGCUUUCUAAUAGAAUCCGGCGAGGUUAUCUGCUCAAUGCAGCCAGGCGAACAAGAAGAAACAAACGAACAACCGAGUAACGGGGAAGAGCGUGGCACGAAAGGGGCAGAGGGGAUCUGCGAGAGGGUGGAGCGACUGAUGAUGGUCGCUAGGCCAGGAACGCGAGCAAAUAGCGCUGGUGGCUCGGGAUCUCCGUCAUCGUCCGGAGCAUCACCACCGGCCAGGCCCAGAACCGCUAGACACUCGAUGGUUGGAUCUACUGGGGGUGGCGGAAACGGGGGUCGGACAGCGCUUUCCCGGGGCCACGGGAGGCUGAAUCUCGGAGGCGUGAAUGGAAUGGGGGCGAUUCAUUCGGAUUGCCAGCCAUAUUGGGACGAGGAUAGAGGGGAGGUGGUGUACGGCAAGGGUUGCUUCUUGGGGGUGCCGGUAUUGCUGGCCUCGGCGGAGUUGGAUGUCGACGGCCUGCCCGGUUGGGAUUUGAGUGUAUCUUCGCAGCUUCAGAGGAAAGUCGAGGGUGCUGAAGAUGAAAAACGUGCGCAAACAUCAUUUACUGCGCUGUCUCCGGUGCAGAUCGCAGCUAAAGGAGAAGUGAAGAUUGGCCACUUCGACGUCUCUCGGUUCACCAAAACCGUGGGGCCUUUCGAUAAGGAAUUCCUGGGGCAGGGGAGCUUCGGCUUCGUUACCGUGGUCCGAAAAAAGCAAGGGGUGAUGCACGGGAACUUCUUCGCCCUCAAGUCGCUUAGCAAGCGUGGGGUUGUGGAAGGGGGUCAGGUCCAACACAUAAAGGACGAGAAGACUGUUUUAGAGUUGUUCAAUCACCCGUUCGUGUUGAGGUUGUACACCACCUUCCAAGACGCCAACCGAGUUUACUUUUUGACCGAACUACUCAUCGGAGGCGAGCUGUGGUCGGUCAUCUACGAAUCGUCAAGCGGGUUCAGCUCAGGAUACUUGAGAAUAAUCGACAUGGGCUUCGCCAAGCGCAUACCCUUUUUUGUGACGGUCGGAGGGGAGACACAGAUGCAUCCUCGAUCGCAUACGAUGUGCGGAACGCCUGAGUACCUCGCUCCAGAGUUCAUCUUUAACAAGGGACACGAUCAGUCGGCGGACCUUUGGGCGUUAGGGGUGCUAAUGUUUGAGCUGGUGGAAGCGCGCACGCCAUUCGUCCUACCAGGCUCAGAACAAGACGUAGCGCAGCUCUUCACAAAUAUCGCGUGUGUGAAGAAGAAGGGAGUUGACUUUCCCGACGAUUUCGACGAGAAAGCGGGUGGAGGAGCCGAGUGCCGAGAUGUGAUCUCGGGGAUGUUAGCGUUUGAGCCGGGAGAUCGACUGGGGAACCACGCCGACGGGAUGAACGAUGUCAAAAUGCACGCCAUGUUCGCCGGACUAGACUGGGAUAAGUUAGAAGCGAAGUUCAUACCGGCUCCUUGGGUGCCAGAUGAGCCCGCUCCCUCCCCAGAACCGGAAACUGCUAACGUGAACGACGUAUAUACAGGGGACCAGGAAUGGUUUUCGGAUUUCUGA